AUGAUCCACCCCCCGCACUGGUUAACAAAUCAAGCUAUUGAUUUAAUCAGUUCGGAUGAGUACGAAGCCCUCCAUACGGAGUUCAUGGAUGCUUCCGCGGAGGAAGAAAAGACCUUCGACCCGCCGUUUCAUCUCUACCCUUUUUUGAAACAGGGACUAGAGAAAGGCACUUUCUGGCACUCUCUAGCUCUCAUGAGUCCCACGGCAUUACUCAAGAUCUUCUACGAUUAUAUUCAGCCGAGAUUCUCCAAGACUCAUGACGACCCCGCCUUUUGGCGGAUCACUAUGCCUUACUGGACGUUCAAUACGUUCGCGUUUCUUGAGCAAAAAGUCCAAGAAAAGGAGAAAUACGAUACUUACAUCCAAAUGCAGUUGUCCUACUGGAGGAGGACAGAGAAGCCAAAGGAAGUGCUGUUUUGA